UGGAAAAUCACUUGAAUGCAGUUAGCUUUGAGCUUCCGGCUGUUUCCGAGUCACUCUUGAAUACUGUUUCAGAGCUCGCACUGUAUGUUAAAUGGUAAAUGCUUUGUAUAAAAAAAAAAAAAAAAAAAAAAUUAAAAUGAUGAAAAACACAGGUUCUGGAUAUUGCAUGAAUACAAUUAAACCCACUAAUCAUACUGCUAAUGAGCUACACUGACGGUCAUACUUUGGUACAAGUCAAACUAGUACUGUAGUACUACUGUAAAUAGUCCAUGUACUUCGGGCUAGUACAUGUUACAGAAGAGGAGCUGUUAACCAAAAUUAAGCUCGGUCGUUUUAAAUAAUUGAUAAAUACGACAGACCUUUAUAUGUCUUAUAUGUACCCCCACCCCUUUUAUUCGACAAGAGAGAGAGAGAGAGAGAGAGAGAGAGUUUCGGGUCAGGCAUAACAUUGUAUGAAUUUACAUUGUACUAUUGCAACGAAAACACGCUUUGAUAAUUGUGAGUUAUCCAAACAUUCUCUUCGCGUACAGAAUUAUGCGAGUAUUUAUAUUACGUGACACUGUACAAGAAUGAUUUGUAUGCAGUGCGUGACAUUUUUUUUUAUUUUUUGUUUAUCUUUUUCGUAAAUAAAAGACAUGUGAUUUUGUGAGUCAAUUUUAUUCAUAACAUAGAUGUCGAAAUAUCUUACAAUUCUCCGUUUCGUAUAUCUCCUGCUGGCUUCUGACUCACUGUCAAUACACAAAAUAACACCAUAGCAGACAACAGGGCUUCUUAUAGGAUCCAAAUAUAGCCAAGAUUUGCAUACAAAUAUUUUCCUUAAAUGGAGUAUCUCUAACCAAUGGAUUUUAAUCUUACUCUGACCAAGUCUCUUUUCAUUGGACGAUAUUUUAGUCGGGCAUUCCUUUCCAAUGUAAUCUUGAAUAUGAUUGGACAAUGAUAAAUUCCUUCUUUACAACGAACACAUUCAAGCGUGUACGAGAUCUUGUCUGAGGUGAACGAGAUUUAAAGGGGCCAAAACAUGAUUCACACAUGUUUAACUAGUCACAUCUACAUAUACUGAUGUUUUGACUCGCAUGCAUGUUUUGACCAGGUGUGAAGAAAAUCCUUGAUUGCAGACGUCAACUGAAAGCAAUUCCCAUUCAGUCCACAAUGGACGUGUUACCGAGCGGGAAUAUUUUCCGUGAGUUACAAGUCGUUCAUGACACGGGCUAUUUUUCUGCCCAACCAUCUCUUGAAGACAGAUGGCAACAGAACUGUCUGGAGAUGGAGAGGUACCUAAAAAGUGAACCCAAACUAACAUCAUUCAAGAAACUGAAUCCGGAGACAGUGGACAUGGACAGGUGUUGGGAAAAUGGACAGCCAUCUGUGGGUAGACUGUCUCCCGAAGCCAUCAAAUUUGAUAUCAAGGAUGAGCCUGAUGACUUUGAUGAUGGUAGUAUUGUUCAUGAAACAUGUGAUGAGUUUUAUGACGAUGAUGAGGAAGAUGAUGAGGAGGAUGGGAAUGAGACUGAAAAUGAAGCAGAGGAAAGACUAGAACAGCUAGCUUACUUGGACCUCAAUGAUAGGACAUCUUGUGAUACACUCAGUUUGAGUAGUUUUAAUUCGCAGUCCUCAGGUGUCUCAUGGGAUAGUAACAACAGCGACCCCCCACUAUCCCCCAUCAUGCCCAAAUCAAAUGACCCAUUUGCAUUAAGACUUGUAGCACAACCAGGUCGUACCACGACAGUGGCUGUCCGUGUGCCAUCUGCUGAUCUCAUGAGAAGACAGCCAUAUUCGUAUGUAUCCACAUCCCAAAACGGUCGCAUGCGUCCCUACACCGCCCAGCCCAUCCAGCAGCGACCACCAGUGCCUAUGAAUGGACAGAAAAUCCGAACCGAUGUCAGUCCGGACAUGAGGCGUAGAAAUCACAAGUGUCCAUACAAUGGUUGUAAAAAGGUGUACACAAAAAGUUCUCAUCUCAAAGCUCAUCUUCGUACACAUACAGGAGAAAAGCCAUACAAGUGCUCAUGGGAAGGGUGUGAAUGGCGCUUCGCUAGAUCUGAUGAACUGACUAGACACUAUCGCAAACACACAGGAGCUAAGCCGUUCCGGUGCAAAGUAUGUGAGCGAUGCUUUUCUCGAUCGGACCAUCUUGCUCUUCACAUGAAAAGGCAUCAGACAGCUGACUUAUAGCGACAGUGGGCUUAGCAGUUAACAAAUUAGUAUACACCAAAAAACCAGGAUUCCAGUUUAUCUAUUGUGAUGUCUUGUAUAAAUUUAUCAUCCAUUUGUUUGAAAACCUAUCCUUUUUCAUGUUCAGUGUUACUAUGUUUGUUUGUGUAUGUAUGUUUCCAUUCUAAAUGUUGCAAAUUAUAUUCAGGGUAUUGUUAUUUUAUUUGAAUACAUAAAAGUGCUGAAUUAUUGAAUACAUAUAUUAAUAGAAGACUUUUUUCCAUUUUUGAUUUUCUUUCCCAAGUUAAUUUUACGACCCAAAAAUGCUUUUUUAAAAAGAGAAGAUAGUAAUAAUUGAACGGAGCAUUUUGUAGGUUGAAGUUUGUCGAAAUUUGUUGCAUGGUCAUAUUUUUGAGGCAAAGGAAUCAUAAUUAUCAUGAGAUUUGACUCACAAAGAAAUGUACUUACUAGCUGGAUGGAUAUUAAUCAGUAACAUGCUGUUGUUUACUAUCCGUGAAGCUGUCACAUGUUUCACAGAUGUUCAACAAUUAAAUUAACAAUGACACAAUAAAUCAUAUUGCACAAUAGUGUGCAUUUGAGUAGACAUUUUAUGAAAUUAAUUUGCAUUCAUUAUUAGACUAGAAAAACAAAAUUGCAUAUUUUGAAUGAUCAUAUAUUUUGUGUUCCAAAGUAAUAUAUAACUAUAUAGAAAUCAUAUGUAUCUGGUUUAUAAACCCAUACCUAGCUUUUUAAACAUCUACAGUCAAAAUAAUAUCUCCAUUUGUUUCACCAUUCCUUGUCUACUUUGAUGAAAGUCCCAAUUCAAGUCCCUGGUCACUAUGGCUACGCAGUUCACUCGUGUCAUGAACCCUCGUCAUUUUCCAUUCUCGUCAAUUUCCAUUCUCCUUCAUUUGGGUGUUUUAAAAGGUCAGUCAGUUGGUUCAUAUUCUGUGGGACAUUCUAGCGGGUUUAACCUUGGGUAGCGGUGUUCGUAGCAAAUGACUUAGCUAUUUGUUAUUACUCCUUUUGUUCACCUAACUGUUCAACAUUUCCUAUUGGCAGAAAAAGAAUCAUGUUUACCAUCAUGUGAUUUUUAAGUACACAUGUAAUCUUAUUUAUUAGGUUUUCAUUUUUCAAACUUAAUGAAUUGCUCUUCUGUGGUAUAUGAAGGGGGUAAAAGAUUUUUAAUACUUUUAUCAGAUCAUAAUUUUUUCACUAAAUGACGUCUCAAUGAUAUUUUAGACCUAGUCUAAUGAAUUUUUUUUUUCAUGAUUUGUGUGUAUUCCUAGUUCUGAUUUGUGCUAAUUAUCAGGGUUUUUUUAUUUUAGAUUCUCAUGAUGAAUUUUGCUUAAAGCUUCAAAUCUCAGUUAAUUGUAAAGUCUUGCUUGAAAAAAUGUUUCUUUUAUCAUGUUAAUUUGAUUUAAAAAGAAUUUGAGUAUGCUGAAGUCAUUGCAGAUAGCACUAGUAAGGCUAGGAGUAUGUAAACUUGUUCAUUUGUUGUUUUUGCCUGUUGUUGAGCUGGCAUUUUUUCUGUGAUAUUUUUUUCCAUCGUAUAUAUAUAUAUAUAUUUGAUGUAUAUUAUACACACCUUGCCUUAUAUGUUGGUGAUAUGUUAAAUGUGCUGUAAGGGCAAAAGGUCGGUGCCCACGAGCAUCAAACUAAGGAGACAUUAUGUUGCUUUAUGUAAUAUGGUACAGAAUUUUGACAAUAGCAAGGUUUGUCUUUUUUGUCAUAAGACGAGUGAUUCUACCAACUUGAUAGACACCUUAAAUGCUAAUCAUUCACGACAGAAACAGUACUGUUUUAAAAAGGUUCUAGGAAUGAAUCCAAGUGCAAAAAUUGUGAGUAUGUCUAUGAGAGAAUGAAUCUCCGCUGAUAGAGAUCUGAUAUUUUGAAGUAAACUUUCUUGAAAAUUUUGACCCUUAUUGUAUCCAUGACCCAAAUGCUGCUUUUUAUUGCCAAGUUGAUGUUAACUUUGUUUGAAUUCUUUUACAUGUGCUCUGACACCUUUAUAAAGCCUAAUGAACCCAAACAUGUAGGUCUUGCUAUAUAUUGUCUGUGGAACUGUUAUUUCCAGUGUUUCAUGCAUUUGGCUUUUUGAAGCCAUUUUGAUUUCGUCUCUGGAAAUGAUUCUCCUGAUAGACCUGUAGUCAAGAUCAGAAAGAUUGCUCUUUAUACUUGAUUGAUAGAAGAAAGUAGAUUCGUAAUUUGAAGUUAUUGCUUUUGAUUGUUGACUAUCCAGUAUUUUGUCAUAAUUUGAAAAUUCUACCUUAAUAUUGCUCACCUGGAACUCUGUGACUAAUUGAUUCAACUAGAAGAAGUUUUAGCUCGCAUUAGUUUUUCUAAUUGAAGUUUGUCGUCUGUCUGUGUGUCCAUUUUAAUUUUUCACUUUCUUCUGUAAAGUCACUCGCAUUUACACACACCCCAAAAAAAGGAUAGAAUGGGGCAAAGUUUACAUAAAUUUUAAAGAACACCUGACAAAAACAUGAUUGUUCAAAUUGUGAAAGCAAGAUAAUUUUGAGGUUGUACAUAUCCUUUAUUCUACCGGUGACUACUAUAAGGGGUUAAUAACUGUUAAUUUCAAGCUGUAAUUUAUAUGCAGUGUGUAAUCAAAUUGAUCUCUAUGUUAAGCUAAGUUGAUUCAGGUGAGCGUCGUAUCCAAUGACCCCUCUUUUCGCAAUGUUUAAGUGAACUUAGAAUAGAUACCAAAUCUUUGUUCAUUUUUUUUUCUUUGUGGAAAUUUCAGGCUUUGGUGGGUGUAGUGCAAUCUGUAUACAUAUAAAGUUAAUGCUGAUGACAGAUAAAACGGGAUGCAAAAUUAGUUUGGUCGCUUGAUUACUGCUAAUUAAAUGUUCUAGUUUGAUAACAGAAUUGAAUAUAGAGCUGCUUCAUUUUAUCUACACAAAUUCUGUUCCAUCUUUCAAAUAGUAUGUUUAUAUCCCUAGUAUAUUUCUUUAGAACAAGAAUAUGACUACUAAAAAAGGGGGAGCCCCGACAGAACUGUAACAGUGCAAUAUAUUAUGAUGAACAAAAAAUAUUGAAGUCUGUAUAGGGUUUUCCUUAACAAGCAUAGUGUCUUCAUGCCUUGGUAAACUUUUACAACUGCAGUUAUUUAGAAUGUCCGGUAGGAGAUAAUAUUUGUGCAACAUCUUUUUUCCCAUGCUUGUGAAUGUUUAAAUAUGCAACCAAGAGUACCAAGGAUGUGUUUGUAGGGUGGAUUUCUGAGCCGUUAGUUAUUCGGGAAGGCGGAUUGUUAAGAUAGGUUCAUGUAACUUGGCGGAUGUGUAGAAUCAAUGUAUUCCUCGUUAAUAGUUUAUUCAUAUACAUGGUUUUAAAAUGUGUUUUGUACCUCUACAUAUUGUAUACAAAUGUUGUACAUAACCACAAACUUAAAAUAUAAUUAUAUAUUUACAAAGAU